CUCCAUGCCAUCAAUUUCUACUCGUCUCUCAGAAAGUGGAAAAUGACCAUGGAAUUCAAAGUGAAGGCACUGGUUUCGGUUAUAUAUGUGCUCUCCUUCCUGAGCUAUGGCGGCGCUGCAGCUACCGCUGUGACCAGCACCACCAAUUACUCUGCUGCACCUGGUGCUGCGACCAACACCGACCACCACUCCGAUGGCGGCGUCGCAUCUGGUUGGGAUCUUGCAUCCAACCUCCAACACCGAGCACGUACCGCUUUCUGUAUGUGCGACACGACUUGUGGCUCUGUUUCGGCUGGUGCUGCGACCAACACCACCGAUUACUCUGUUGGCGGCGGCGGCAGAUCUGGUUCGGAUCUCUCGUCCAACCUCCGACUCCGAGCAUGGGCCAGCGACUCGACUCUUGGUAUGUAUUCUGAUCAUCUUCUAAAUUAUCUUGUUUUGUUCCUCGUCCUGUUUUAAUUAUCUUGUUUGUUAAUUUGGCUGGUUAGAAAAUUAUCGUGCUUGGAUCCUUUUGUUUUAGUUAUCUUGUUUGUUAAUUUGGCUGCUAAGAAAAUUAUCCUGUUUGGUUCCUUGUUCGGUUUUCAUUAUCUUGUUUGUUUGGCUGCUAAGAAAAUUGUCCUGUUUGGCUGGCAAGAAACAGAUAUAUGUGGAUUGGAUGUUGAGUGGAUGACUGAUCGAAUGAAUAUUCACUGCCUAUCAAUUGCUAAUUUUUCAUUUUUAUCAAGGAACGACAAUGAACUAGUUUUUAUACACGUCCAAGUACUAAAUUGCAAUAAUUCUUAAAUUAUACGAGUUAUUGCUACACAAGCGAUAUUAAAAGAAAAAAAUCCAAAUGCUCGUAACCACUUUCGUUGCAAGUUUUUUUUUGGCUAAAUAAUUUAGACAAAAUGUAAUCAGGAAGUAAGUAUGCAGUUUCUUGAAUCCGAAUGAUAUUUAUAUAUACCCUCCUCCUUUUAUCUGAAAAAUAUUAUGACUGGCCCACGGGCCACGUGCUCUCCCUCCUCCUUGCUUCUGUCGAAUUAGUAUAUAUAUCUCUACAGUACAUAGUGCAUUUCAGAGCAUAUCAUGUCAUAAGUGUCAUUUUCCGAUUUCAAGAAGAUUUCAAGAAACGGCGGAGGCCAAGAAUCCGAACGCUCUCGCACACAUGGAAUCGUCGUUCCAACCGUGGCUCAUUCUCAAUUCGAUCCGAUCAAUCCAACAUUGGAGACGCAGUUUGAUGGUGGAUGAUGGAAGAUACGAAUCAGAAAAAUUGGAAGUUGCCUUCUCGGGCAUGGUUUCAGUGGACAAAGCCCUUCUUAAUGUCCUGACGAGCCUGAUAUCCAAUGAAGUCAAGAAACGAAAAGGAAGCCUGAAGGUGGGGGUCAGCGGAGAUUUAAGUUCGGAGGACGAUCUUGAAACCUUGUCAGCAAUUAUCAGUGCUCUUGAGCAAGCUCUUCCACCGCCGCCGCUGCUCCCGCUCUCACGCCCAUGGAAUCGUCGUCGUUCCAACCAAGACGCAUUCUAAAUUCAAUCCGGUCCAUCCAACAGUGCCGGCGGAGAAGGAUGAUGGAAGAUACGAAUCAGAAGAAUUGAAACCUGCCUUAUUGGCCAUGAUUUCUGCCUUCUCAGACAUGGUUUCAGUGGAAAAAGCCCUUCUCAAUGUCCUGAGGCGCCUGAUAUCCGACGAAGUCAAAAGAAGAGGAAGUUUGGAGGUAGGGGUCAACGGAGACAUAAAUUCGGAUGAGGAUCUUGAAAUGAUGUCAGCUAUUAUCAGUGUUCUUGAGCACCAGAAGCAGCAGCAGGAGGGAACUCUUCCUCCGCCGUAGCUACCACCGCGGCUCCUCCCGCUCCUGCUUCUGUCACGCCAAUUACGAAUUGGAUUUCACAAAAGAGGAUGCUGAUUCUCAACAGUGGCACACGUGCCUUUGACAGAAUAUUGGAGGAUCUGGUUUACAGAGCAGUUUCACGGGUUAUUGAAGGUUUUUUUUUCAAAUGAACGCAACCAAUUGAUGGUGAUGUUACGGCAAAAAGGAAUUAGGUGAUCCUUUUUUCUGAUAUUGUUUUUUUGUAAAAAUGUCUUUUUUCUGAUUGUUGUUGAUGAAUUGAGGGUUUAGAAAAUUUGUACAAAUAUAAAAUUUGUAAUGGAAACUAUUCAUUUCUCAUUUCGGGCUUAAAUACGUAUCGACUAUGAACAUGAAAUUGGCCGGAAAAGUUACACCAAACCUGAUCUAGUAAUCCAGCCAAAAGUUUGGGCCAUGUAUCAGGCCCAACCAGCCUUAACCGGAUCUAGCCCAGCCCAGUAACCAACCCAAAUCAUUAACCUUAACCCAAGCCCAGACUCGGAUCCCAUCCCAGUUCCAAUGUCCCUGAGUGGGUCGGCAAGUGGGUGCGCGUCAUAGACGGCGCGUGGAGUACACACGCAUCUGCCUGAAGUAGCUUUCUCCCCGUCUACGGCGGGGCCGGCCUAUUUUCUGGCCAAUUUCAUGUUCAUCGUCGAUACGUAUUUAAACCCGAAAGGAGAAAUGAAUAGUUGCCAUUACAAAUUUUAUAUUUGUAUAAUUUUUCUAAACCCUCAAUUCAUCAACAACAAUAAGAAAAAAGGCAUUUUUACAAAAAACAAUAUCAGAAAAAAGAUCACCUAAUUCCUUUUCGUUGUAGCAUCACCAUCAAUUGGCCGCGUUCAUUUGAAAAAAAAAACCUUCAAUGACCCGCGAAACUACUAUGUAAACUAGAUCUUCCAAUAUUCUGUCCAAGGCACAUGUGCCACUGUUGAGAAUCAGCAUCCUCCUUUGUGAAAUCCAGUUCGUAAUCGGCGCGACAGGAGCAGGAGCGGGAGGAGUGGCGGCGGUAGCUGCGGCGGAGGAAGAGGUUCCUUCCUGCUGCUGGUGCUCAAGAGCGCUGAUAAUAGCUGACAUCAUUUUAAGAUCCUCCUCCAAAUUUAUGUCUCCGUUGACCCCCACCUCCAGACUUCCUAUUCUUUUGACUUCGUCAGAUAUCAGGCACCUCAGGACAUUGAGAAUGGCUUUUUCCACUAAAACCAUGUCCGAGAAGGUAGAAAUCAUGGCCAAGAAGACAGGUUUCAAUUAUUCUGAUUCGUAUCUUCCAUCAUCCUUCUCCGCCAUCAAUCUCCGCCGACACUAUUGGAUGGACCGGAUCGAAUUUAGAAUGCGUCUUGGUUGGAAUGACGACGAUUCCAUGUGUGCGAGAGCGGGAGCGGUGGAAGAGCUUGGCUCAAGAGCACUGAUAAUUGCUGACAAGGUUUCAAGAUCGUCCUCCGAACUUAAAUCUCCGCUGACCCCCACUUUCAGGCUUCCUUUUCAUUUCUUGACUUCGUCGGAUAUUAGGCUCGUCAGGACAUUGAGAAGGGCUUUGUCCAUUGAAACCAUGCCCGAGAAGGCAGGUUCCAAUUCUUUUGAUUUGUAUCUUCCAUCAUCCACCAUCAAACUGCGCCUCCAAUGUUGGAUUGACCGGAUCGAAUUGAGAAUGAGCCACGGUUGGAACGACGAUUCCAUGUGUGCGAGAGCGUUUGGAUUCUUGGCCUCUGCCGUUUCUUGAAAUCUUCUUGAAAUCGGAAGAUGACGACACUUAUGACAUGAUAC